AAACGGCAACAUGAAUUCAUAGAUGAUGAGUAGGAUGCCAAAGCCAGAGAUGACAGUGCUCUUGAAGAAAUGCUGGGUAGAACAAAAAGAUGAUCAUGGGAACAGCAAUGGCAGUCAUGUAAAAAUCUUUUUACCGAAGAAGCUGCUUGAAUGUCUACCAAAAUGUUCAAGUUUACCGAAAGAGAGGCACCGCUGGAACACUAACGAGGAAAUUGCAGCUUAUUUAAUAACGUUUGAAAAGCAUGAGGAGUGGCUAACAACCUCCCCCAAAACCAGACCACAGAAUGGUUCUAUGAUCCUGUACAACAGAAAGAAAGUGAAAUACAGGAAAGAUGGAUAUUGCUGGAAAAAAAGGAAAGAUGGGAAGACCACCAGAGAGGAUCACAUGAAACUGAAGGUGCAAGGAGUGGAGUGCCUGUAUGGCUGCUAUGUCCAUUCCUCCAUCAUCCCCACGUUUCACAGAAGGUGCUACUGGCUUCUGCAGAACCCAGACAUUGUGUUGGUGCACUACCUGAACGUCCCGGCCAUCGAGGACUGCGGGAAACCGUGCGGCCCCAUCCUGUGCUCAAUAAACACCGACAAGAAGGAAUGGGCAAAGUGGACAAAAGAGGAGCUCAUCGGGCAGCUCAAACCGAUGUUUCAUGGCAUCAAGUGGACAUGCAGCAAUGGCAACAGCAGUUCAGGGUUCUCAGUGGAACAGCUCGUGCAGCAGAUCCUCGAUAGCCACCAGACCAAGCCCCAGCCUCGAACACACAACUGUCUCUGCACUGGUACCUUGGGGGCAGGAAGCAGUGUGCAUCACAAGUGUAACAGUGCCAAACACCGCAUCAUAUCACCAAAGGUUGAACCAAGGACAGGUGGGUACAGCACUCAUUCAGAGGUACAAAAUAACGAUGUCUCAGAAGGCAAGAACGAGCACAGUCAUGGCAAGGCCUCCAGCCGAGAGAAGCGGAACGGCAAAGUGGCAAAACCAGUGUUGCUCCAUCAAAACAGCACUGAGGUUUCUUCCACCAACCAGGUGGAGGUCCCUGACACGACCCAGAAUUCUCCUGUGUCCAUCAGCAGUGGGUUAAACAGUGACCCAGAUAUGGCAGAUAGCCCAGCUGUCACUGGUGUGUCCAGUAUGGCUGUAGCAUCAGUUAUGGGAAGUUUGUCACAAAGUGCCACCGUAUUUAUGUCAGAAGUCACCAGUGAAGCUGUGUACACCAUGUCACCCACGUCUGGCCCAAAUCAACACCUUCUGUCCUCAGAUGCAGCUGCACAAGGACUGGUACUUGCUGUGAGCUCAGAUGGACACAAGUUUGCUUUUCCAACAACUGGCAGUUCAGAGAGCUUGUCGAUGCUACCCAGCACUGUCUCUGAGGAACUUGUGCUCUCCACAACUUUAGAAGGAAGUAGGAAAAUUCCAGAAACCACCAUGAAUUUUGACCCAGACUGUUUUCUUAACAAUCCCAAGCAAGGGCAGACUUAUGGUGGAGGAGGUAUGAAAAGUGACAGCAUCACUACCAACAUAAAGCAGUCACCCACAACAGAACGUAGCUUCAACUUCAAUACAACCCUCACAAAAGAAAUUAAAACUGAGGACACAUCUUUCGAACAACAGAUGUCCAAAGAAGCAUUUUCCUCCACUUCUGCAUCUAACACUCUCACACUCAGUACUGGUUCAGGUUUACUUCCAUCUGGAGGAGGUCUGAGCCCAAGUACCACCCUGGAGCAGAUGGACUUCAGUGCCAUUGACUCUAACAAGGACUAUUCUUCCAGCUUCAAUCAGACCAUCCAGAGCCCUCACGUCCAUCAGACCCCUUCCCCCAGCUUCUUUCUGCAGGAUGCCAGCAAACCUCUUCCCCUUGAGCAAAACACUCACAACAAUUUGAAUGACACAGGUAGCUCAUUUGUGAACACGUUAGGAAUCUCCAAUGUGAAAACAGAGCCCUCGUCCCAAACCACUUCCAACUGUAAUGGCACAGUGGAAACCAGAAUAGAGUCCACCUCUUCUCUCCAGCUCAUGCAGUUCCAAGCAAACUUCCAGGCUAUGACUGCAGAAGCUGAAGUUCCCAUGGAGACCUCCCAGCAGGCAGAAGGAAAUGAAAAUCUACUUAAAUCAGGGGAUCUUCAAGCCUGCAACACAGAACACUACUUGCAGCCUGAGGCCAAUGGGGGUAUCAGGAAUGGAAAUAACCUCCCUAUUCUCCAAGGAAACAUGGUACAAGGACUCUAUCCUGUGGCCCAUCCUAGCUUAAAUAACUCCUCCAACAUGGAGCUUAACUUAGACCACUUUGACAUCUCCUUCAGCAACCAGUUUUCUGAUCUAAUUAAUGAUUUCAUAUCGGUGGAAGGUGGGAGCAAUGCUCUGUAUGGGCACCAGCUGGUAUCAGGUGACAGUGCUGGACUGUCUCAGCCUGAAGACAGUAACAGAGCAACGUACAACCAGGCCGAAAUGUGCAUUCCUUGUUGCAGCCCUCAGCAAGCCAACAUGCAGCUCAGCAGCACGGAGAACGGAGCCAGCACCAUGGCAUACAUGCACGUGGCUGAGGUGGUCUCGGCAGCUGCAGCACAAGGCACUUUGGGGCUGCUGCAGCAGAGUGGGCGCUUGUUCAUGGUGACAGAUUAUUCACCAGAAUGGUCUUACCCUGAGGGAGGAGUAAAGGUCCUGAUUACCGGCCCGUGGCAGGAAGCCAGCAAUAAUUACAGCUGUCUGUUUGAUCAGAUCUCAGUGCCUGCAUCUUUAAUUCAGCCAGGGGUACUGCGCUGCUACUGCCCAGCUCAUGACACUGGGCUUGUGACUUUGCAAGUUGCCUUCAACAAUCAGAUCAUCUCCAACUCUGUGGUAUUUGAAUAUAAAGCCAGAGCUCUGCCAACCCUGCCUUCCUCCCAGCAUGACUGGCUGUCCUUGGACGAUAACCAGUUCAGGAUGUCCAUAUUGGAGCGACUCGAGCAGAUGGAGAGGAGAAUGGCUGAAAUGACUGGCUCCCAGCAACACAAACAAGGAGUAGGAGGCGGGAGCAAUGGGAAUGGGAGCAGUGGAACACAGGUGCAGUGCGUUUCUGGGACUGGGACCCUGGGCAGCUGCUUUGAGAGCCGUGUGGUGGUGGUGUGCGAGAAGAUGAUGAGUCGUGCGUGCUGGGCAAAGUCCAAACACUUGAUCCAUUCGAAGACUUUCCGAGGAAUGACACUGCUCCAUCUGGCUGCUGCCCAGGGCUAUGCUACUCUCAUCCAGACCCUCAUCAAAUGGCGCACCAAACAUGCAGACAGCAUUGAUCUGGAGCUGGAAGUUGACCCUUUGAAUGUGGAUCAUUUCUCCUGCACUCCUCUGAUGUGGGCAUGUGCCCUGGGCCACAUGGACGCAGCUGUUGUGCUGUACAAGUGGGACCACCGAGCCAUCUCCAUUCCCGACUCCCUGGGGAGAUUGCCGCUGGCCAUUGCUCGCUCCCGGGGCCACGUGAAGUUGGCAGAGUGCUUGGAGCAGCUACAGCGAGAUGAGCAAACUCAGCUUGGGCAAAACCCCAGGAUUCCGUGCCCCUCGAGCACAGACUCUAACACAGAGAACUGGGUGUCCCAAUGGCACAGUGAGCUUGUUGCCUCUCAGGAGCCUCAGAAGGGAGUCACAGUGAUUUCCAGUACAAACACAGAGCUGAGGCGGCCAAGAUCAGAACCUUCCAGCUAUUACAGCAGUGAGACUCAGAAAGAUUACCCUGCACCCAAAAAGCAUAAGCUGAGCCCUGAGUAUUUUCAAGCCCGGCAAGAGAAGCUGCUUUCCACUGCACUGAGCCUGGAACAGCCAAGCAUUAGGAAGCAGAACUCCAGCUCCAAGCAAUCCUCCACUGAGACAAUCAGCCCCAGUGAAGGGCUGAGGGACUAUGGCCGGGAGCUCUCCCAGCACAUCCCAGAAGCUACUGGGUACCGAGGCUCUGGCAGCCAAGCAGGCAUCAAAUGGAACCCAAAAGACAUUUAUAUUGGUGUGUCUGCAGUGCAGGUGGCAGGGAGCCAGAAGGGCACCGCCCUGGGGAAGGAUGCUGUGGCCCAUCGGCUGCGCCAGCGGGAGCAGAUGAAUGUGUUGAUGAUGGCCGACAGGGAGAUGGUGGAUGCAGAACUCUUGUCCUACAGGGACAGUGCAGGGGAUGAGGACUGCUUGCACCACAUGGAUGAACUGCAGGUGAACAUGAUGACACUUGCAGAGCACAUUAUUGAAGCGACACCUGACAGGAUCAAGCGGGAGAAUUUUGUGCCAAUGGAAUCGCUGCUGGCGGAGAGGACGGACAGUGCUGCCAUGAGCACCACCAUGAGCUGGCUGGCCAGUUACCUUGCUGACGUCGAUCACUUGCCCAGUGCUGCACAGAUCAGAAAUCUGUAUAGUGAACCCCUGACCCCUUCUUCGAACACCAGCUUGAGCCCUGCAGGCUCACCAAUCAGUGAAAUAGCUUUUGAGAAACCCAGCCUUCCCUCGGCAGCAGACUGGUCUGAAUUUCUGAGUGCAUCCACCAGCGAGAAGGUAGAAAAUGAGUUUGCACAGUUAACUCUGUCUGAUCAUGAGCAGAGAGAACUCUAUGAAGCUGCCAAACUCGUCCAGACAGUAUUCAGGAAAUACAAGGGUCGUCCUCUCCGGGAACAGCAGGAGGUGGCUGCUGCUGUUAUCCAGCGUUGUUACCGAAAGUACAAACAGUAUGCACUUUAUAAAAAGAUGACGCAAGCUGCCAUUCUUAUCCAGAGCAAAUUCCGAAGUUACUAUGAGCAGAAAAAGUUCCAGCAGAGCCGGCGAGCGGCGAUGCUGAUCCAGCAGUACUACCGCAGCUACAAGGAGUGCGGCAAGAGGAGGCAGAACCGUCGGGCAGCCACCAUCGUCCAGCAGAAACUCAGAAGCAGUCUGCUUACCAAGAAGCAGGAUCAAGCUGCUCGCAAGAUUAUGCGGUUUUUACGACGCUGCCGCCACAGCCCUCUGGUGGACCAUAGGCUGUACAAAAGGAGUGAAAGAAUUGAAAAAGGCCAAGGAACUUGAAGAUAUGCAGCAGCAUCCCGUAGCAAUGUGACAUUGCUUUUCAGACUGUUUUCAUUUUCUGUUUUUAGCAGAGACAUGCAACAACAACAAAAAUACCCACUGCAGUUCUGGAAAUACCAGCUGCAGGAUUUUAACAGUAAUGUUUUGGUCAUUGCAUUUGCACUUUCAUGGACAACUUUUAAUUUGUUCAGCAAGACAUCUUGGAACUCAAUCUUCUGUUGGAUCGUGGGGAAAACAAGACACCGGGAGGAAAUCGUGAGUUGCUUCAUUCUCCGAGAAGGAAGGAAGAAGCGAUUAAUUAUCCUUUUCAUAUAGGGCUGUAUUAAACAACAUGUGGAACUGUACAAAUAUUAUACCAAAAAUAUUGUUCAGAAAAGGUGGGAAUGCACAAGCAACACAAGAAUGCUGUUCCUGCACCUGUCAGUCAUCUCCAAGAAACUGAAGCUUUGAGAGUCUCAGUGGAGGGGCUUAGAUCAGUACAUCUUUAUUGGGUCCAUGCAUCCUCAUUUCCUUCGCACUCCUGUCCUUUGUGUUUUAUUUAAACCUCUACAGCACACUUAAUGCAACUUUUUAAAUCUGCAGGUUUUUAAUACAUCCCGUGGGAACUUACAGGAGGGGUUUGGUGUAUGAGAGACACGGGUAUUGCAUGAGGAAUGGAGAGAGCAGCUCAAGCAAGUUUUACACUUUUUUUUGUAUUUUUAGUAGAACCUGCAAACAUAUCAACUGUCAUGUACUUUCUCUCAUAUUCAGCACUUUAUUUUCUAGCCUUACCUUCAUGUACUAUUGUUUAAUUAAGUUCUCAAAUAAUUUGUAAAACAUGUAGCUUUUUCUCUUAUGUACUUGUCAAACCUCUUGUCAUUUUGCAGUGUCACGUACAUAUGUUGCCUGGACAUUUUAUGCCACCUAAAGACCAGUGGUGCUGCAUUCUGGCCAGUAAAUUUCUUAUUUUGGCUACUUCAUCAAAAUCUGGGCAGUUUCUGUAUAUAUAGAAGGUAGAAAUGGAAAAUGAGAAAAAAUAUUUGAAAGGGAAUAUAUUGAUUAAUUACUAAAUAUUUUAUUCACAAAGGGUCAAUAACUUGGCAAGAUAAAAUUAUUAUUUGUAUAGUUUUGUCUGAAUGAACGAGGAGAGUGUGGAUGUAUUGUUUGUACAUAUUGUAUAUAUUAAAGAGAUAUGUGCAUGAACUCAAGAAAAAGAAAUGAACAAAGCAAAGCAUUAGUGGCUAUGGUCUGUAAAAUGAAACAAAAACUUUAUUUCACUAUAAGAAACUUUAUUUUAAAUGUUCUUUAGAAGAACAUUUUUGCUAAAGCAUGACUAAAUGGCAAAAAAGAGCUACUGUAUUUAGACUUAGGAAAAAAAGGCAGAGCAACAUUACUUUAAAAAAAAAAAAAAAGAAAAAAAGGAUAUGUUUACAUUUGAUUUUGGCUACCAGGAGUUUGGUUCAGUUGGGUUUAAUUUAUGUAUUCCUUCCUUCUUUUUUUUUACCCCCGUCUUUUUUUUUUUUUU